UUUUUAAAACAAUUAACUCCUCAAACUGAGUUGUGGAGAAUUUCCGUUCCAACCUACAUUUUGCAACCACUCUCUCUUCUUGAGAAAAUUUCUCACUACUCUUCUCCUAAUAAUACUAUUGAAAAGAUUAAUGAAGAAGAAUCAGCUGAAAAGAGAUUUAUUUCUAUUUUGGCUUGGGUUAUCAGUAAUUGGAGAACCAUCCCAAGAGCCGGUAUGCAACAAAGUAAGCCAUUCAAUCCAGUUUUGGGUGAAAUUUUCAAGUGUGAAUGGAAUCACGGUGCUGCAGAUGAUAAUACCAAGUUCUUGGGAGAACAAGUUUCUCACCAUCCACCUGUUUCUGCAUUCUGUUGUCACAAUGAAAAGCGUCAAUUCACAUAUACUGGUUAUGUUUUCCCAGUUACUUCAUUCUCAUGGAACUCUGUAACAACCUUGAUGGACGGUGAAUUCAAGAUUGAUCUUGGUAAAUUCAAUGAAGAAUAUAUUGUUAACCAUCCUCCAGUCAGUGUUAGUAACGUUUUGUGGGGAAAUACUGUUAUUGAAAUUUAUGAUUAUCUCAAAAUUAAAUGUCCACAAAGCGGAUUCUAUGCUGAUAUCUACUUUGAUUACGGAAAGGAUAACUACUUGAGUGGAUACAUUUAUGAUGCUGAAGGAUACAAGAAGCAUUGGAUUGAAGGAAAGGUUAAUCAAUCUGUUCAAAUUCAAAAUUACUCAACAAGUGAAAAGUCAACCUUGUAUGAUGUUGCUACAUUGACUCGUCCAACUAAGAUUAUUAAGCCUGUUGCUGAACAAGAACCAAGAGAAUCAAGAAGAAAUUGGCACAAGGCAGUUCAUGCUUUGAAGAAUGAAAAAUUCGAAGAUGCUCAACUUGAAAAGCACAUUGUUGAAGAAAGAGAAAGAGCUUUCAGAAAGGAAAGAGCUGAAGCUGGUUUAACUUGGACACCAAAAUAUUUC